AUGCACGAGGAAUUGGCGCUUCAGUGGGUGAUCAGUAGUGGUGCUGCUCGUGAAAUGGCAUUUCUGAACUCCUGGUUCUUUCUUGAGCUUAUUGUUCCAUUCAUACAAGAUUUGAAUGCACUCUCACAAGCGAUUGUCGGUGAAGUAAUUCAACGAAUACAAAAAGACCCAAGACAGCCCUCUACAACAACUUUGAUGCUAAUAAAAUUAGAUUUUUUACGUAUAAUUGCAUCACAUGAGCAUUUCAUCGUACUGAAUCUGCCGUACGGUUCGAGUGCAGCGCCGCAAGGCAUGUCAACCAGUCAUUCUGGUGCUUCAUUUCAUAUGAUAGAUUACUUUGCUAGAUAA